AGGUGGGAAUCCCAUCGUGUUAGAACUCAGCCCUUGUCCACUAACGUCGAGUCGGGGAUUCGGUCUGGCUUGGAGAGACAACUACUUUUCAAGUCGUCGAAACUAUAUGGUCCCGCUAGUGCGAGCUUUACAUGUUUCGGAAACCUCGCGGUGUAGUGAAACCGCUACAUACGCGACGGAGCUAAAUGGUAGUUGGGCGAUUGGGUCCAUUCAGAAUUCCUCAAGGAGGACACUGCCAGGUUACACAUUAGGGCAGGUCGUAGAAGCUUGCACUCGAUUUCAAUUGGAGACAGUACAUAAAGAUCCAAUCCACGUAACCGCCCAUUUUCUUCGUGCGACAAACGUUGGGCCUGCGGAAGUACGCGUCAGUGUCCAGAAGAUAGGGAAGAAUUUCACUAAUCUUUCAGCGGACCUCGCCCAGGGGGUGAGUGACACGCACGCUCUCCGCGAUUGCCGUGUGGUUGACCAUGUGAGCACUGAGCAGGGGCACGUCAGACUGACAUCCCAUCUUAUCUUUGGUGAUCUUACUCCCGUGCCGGACGGAAUUCCUCGCAGCUUGGCAGCACCAUCUCCAUAUGCUCGACGUUUACCCCUGCCCAAUCAUCCUUCUGCGGCCGUCCGAGAUAGAAUGAGGCAUACUUGGAGGUUCCACUCCCUUCUGAGUUGGUCCAUGGAUCGCACCAUCCUGGCGCGCAAUGCUAUGCGCAACCAGAUCCAAGCUGAUACUGAAAUCAUAGGUGGAGGAGGCGCCGAAUGGGGCGCGUGGUGUGAGCUAACCAGAACAGAAGAUGAAAUCAAGCCUUCGUCUAUCCCAUUUUUUGGGGACAUGUUCCUCAAUCUCCCUUCUCUCUUACCCGACUCAGAGCCAGCUAGUCAUGGAACAUCAGAUUGUUGGUUCCCGACUGUGACCAUGACAGUCGAAUUCAAGGCCCGUAUUCCCUCAUCUCAGGAUUAUGCUUCUCGGACAGUCGGAUUAUACAGCGAAUCACAUUUCUUGACUGAUCCCCAUGGAAGACAUAAUGCUCGCGUUGAAGUUUGGACUGCCCCCUCUGCAAUUGGUCAGGGUAAAUUAGAAGCUGGUUGGAGGGACAAGCAAUACUGUAUUGCAGUUGCUGACCAAAUGGCUCUCACUCUACCUAUGGACCUCAACCACCGUCAAGGCAACAGGAACAAAGUGGUCACCAAGCUGUAGACUACUAACCGGUGAAAUCGUUUGGUAGUUUCGAAAUACAUUUGAGCUAGACUUACUAGGGUCUACGUAUACCCGUAUGGCCGGAAUGCAGCUAUCGCUGUAUGUGCAAGCGUGGGGACACUGGAAUGUUACAAUGUCACUCGGAUCCCGAUGUCAGAUCAACCGUAUCC